CAGCUCGCAAAUAAAAGAAAAUAAAAAUAUUUUCUCGUUUAAAGAGCAAAAUAAAAUCGAAAAAAAAUUUAUUCUCUCCUUUCCAAAAUUAUUUUACAACAAAUUUUGCUCAAAAAUCGAUUUUUGUUUAAUUUUAAAAAUUGAAAAAAUUUUUAAAAAUAAAAAAAAUUUUUUCAAUGAAUUUUUCUUCUGAAAAACCCCCUGCCUCGGUUGAUGCGGUCAUUGAACAAAUUCAAAGUUUGGCUGGUCGGUUCAAGAGUUCAAAAAGUCGGUCUUCGAGGGGAACAAACAGUAACACAUUUUGACUCAUCUU